AGGAAAAUGUAAGAGAGAAGAAAUCCAUUAGGUUGAGGCUGAGGCUGAGGCAUGGCAGCUCUCUCAAAGCUAUUGAACAAGGUUUGUGGGAAAAUGAUAAUCCUAUUGGCAUCCUUGGUAAUAGAAGUAAUCAUCCUGCUUCAGAAACUAAGGUCAGGUCCAAUUACGACACGCCAAUACCUCAAACUGAUCGAAAAGAAGAACCCCACCAUUUGCUACACCAAGAGAUUGAAGGCAGAGCAAGCAGAGUGUAGGGUGUGCUUGAGCCAAUUCCAGGAAGGGGAGAAGCUCAGGAAGUUGAAAUGCCAACACACCUUUCAUAGGGAUUGUUUGGACACGUGGCUGCAGCAAUAUAAGGCUACGUGCCCUCUUUGUAGGAAACAAGUGCUGCCCGAGGAUGUUGUCUUCAAACAUCGUCAGCAUCGAAAUCAAGCAGCAGAGAAUCAUCACAACCUUCCUUAUCUUUUCUCCGCGUUUCGUGGUCGCAACACUUUGCAAAUCAAUUACCCAACCUUCUCUUCCUCAUACCUCAUAGACUAUACUUAAACGUUCAAAUCAUCUCAUUUUCUUUUUUCUUUCUACUUUCUACAAAAGCCAUUUCUUAUUCUUAUUUAGAUUGAAAAUUUGUUGUCGCCAUGUCGCCAUUAUAAUCAACGUAUGACUGAUCUAGAAAUUCAUAUGAAAUAUGUCUCUGUGAAUGGAUUCAGAGGAAAAACCCAACUUCCUUCCCAUCGCAGAGUUGGCUGGUCAAAUCUAGCGUGUGGAGUAGAUAGAUAUUCAACCGUUAGUACAUAAUUGAAUUCUUUCCAAAUGUUUAUUAUUAGACUUUGAUUAUCUGAUUAUAUCUGUAGAAAAAAAAUUUGCUUCAAAU